AAUAUUAUUAUUAGUAUAGACAAGCAGUAUAAGAUCGCGGAAAUGUUAAGUUGUUUGCAGUGAAGUUGAGUUUUCCGUGAUUAUUAUCGAGUGAAUUUCGUUCCGUAGCGUAGGAUCACAUUUUUAAAAAAUGACCGAUAAGCAGGAGACUGCGAAUAAAACAACAGAUGAGCAGCAUAAACGCCAGUCAUUGGUGGACGCAGCAGUUAUUUUUCUUCUGAAUCCUGAAGUGUAUUCUAAACCAAAUGAAAAAAAAGUAGCCUUCCUGAAAAGCAAAGGUAUGUCAGAUUCUGAAAUUGCUUUAGCUUUCGAAAAAGCUGAUCGUUAUCCACCAGAUCAUCCUGCCCAAACUGUGAAACGACUUGCUUCGUAUAGACCUUUGCCCCCACCUUUGCCUCCAGUACAGACUUAUUCUUUUUGGUCACAAUUUAAUAGAAUUAGUACUUCAAUCUUAAUUUUAGGUGUUGCUUUAUUUGGUUUCCAUCGAUUUUAUCAGCUGUACAUUGAACCCUGGCUUUUUGGGAAAGAAACCGAAGCAGAUCGAUUAAUUCGAAUGGAAAAGCAACUUACUGAAGUUAACUCUUCUAUAGCUCAACUGAGGGAAACUAUAUCUGUUUUAGAGGGAACUAUUAAUAACCAGAAAGGGAAAAUUGACAAAUUUGUUCAAAGUGAGCUGACAACUAUGGAAACAGAAGAAAUUGUGAAUGAGUAUUUACCUACACCUUUAGUAUUACAAGAUCUGAAAGGAGAAAUAUCAACCAUUAAGUCAAUUCUUCUUAGCAGGCAUCAGUUUCCUGCCGUGCCAAAAUUCACCACAAGCAUACCAGCUUGGCAACUUCCGAAUUCAGAAAAAAAUGCUGAAGAAGACCCUGAAUCUGAAACAAAAGCGAAGGAAGAAGGGGAAUCGCAAGAAUCUGCUGCUGAAGACAUGGAUGACGUCAGUAUAAUCAAUGGCUCACUGUCGAGUGAACAUUAUACGGAUGUUUUGGAUUCUCCAGAGAGUGUGAAGACUACAUAAGUUUUCAUUUUUAUACCCAUAAUUUUUGUGACAUGAAGAAACAUCUGUAUGAAGAAUUUGGGUACGGUGUCCUUACGUCAAAAAUUGAACGAGUAACAUUUUUGAAUGCCAAGGAGGAAAAAAUAUGUGUAUAUUUAAAAGUUUGUAUAUUAUAUUCAUCUGUUCUUAACUGGCAUAUUUAAUGAUAGGCUUUAAUAUGUGAAUAUUUUCAUUUAAGAAUUAUUUGCAUAUAUUGGUACUGUUUGAUAUUAAGUAUUUAUUUUAUAUUUUAUUUACUGUUUUCUAAUGAAUUCAAAUGUGAAAAAAAUUUUUCUUAUUGACAUUUUUUACUUACCGUAAAUUCAUAUACUCGUAGAUAACAAUGUGUAAAUGAUGUUUAGUAUGUGAAUAAAGGUUAUUUUGUUCAAUGUU